AUGGAUAGUAGUUAAUUUUCAGAGUCUGAUUUUAAAAAAUUCAUGCUUUUUGUCAAGUCAGAGAUGCAAUAAAUAUGCUCUGGCGCUGAUAUUAAAAAAAAUUCAGAGAAGAUUAUAGAGUGGUACAACUCAGCUCCUCACCGCAUAACAAAAUUGUUGUGCUAUCCACUCUUAAAAAGUUUAUAAAACGUAGAUUUAAGCACAAUUUUUUCAACAAUCUCUUAGGAUUUAGUUAGCAAAGAUGUCGAAAUUUAGCUAAAUACAAUGAAAUUAAUGUACUUAAUGGGUCACGAGUAAGCCCUUGAAAUUUUAAAAAAUAACUAAUUGCAAUUCUUCGAAAUACUUAAGAAUAGCGAGUUUCAUUAUGAAAGAUUGACUAUUUUGCAUGAUUUCUUAAUUAAAGCCUAUUUAAAAAAUUUCCAAAGUGAGGAUGACUGCAGAGAAUAAAUCAUUAUUAUUUAUCUUUCAAUAGCAGAUUAAAUCUUUUAAAAUGUCAGAGAUAUCACAAGAAAUUCAAUUGAAGUUUUUAUUAGUUUAUUUAACGAAUAUUUGAAUAAUGUCACUGAUUUCAACGCAAUAGACCACUAUUUUGAUGGAAAUGGCUCAGUUUAAAACAUCCUAAAACCGCUUAUACUUAGAAUUACAAAUCAUUUUGUUUCAAGAAUAGAAAGUCUGCUCUAAAAGAUUAUUAGUUAUGAAGUAAGACUGAGGAGCCAUCUUAUCAAACUAGUCGUUUAUUUAAUUGAAGUUAUGCUAACUUUCACUGAUAGCUUAUACGGCUAUUAAAUUGACUCCAUUUCAAGCUAAUUUUUAAAGGAGGAAUAUAAAUUUAAAAAUAAAUAUAAAACAACCUUUAACUUAAACGAAUUCUUCCCAAAACUAAUCGAAAAGCAUUUAAUUCAAGAUAUUCUAAUGGCAACUCAUGAGCUAGAUGUCCUAACAAAUGCAUAUCUCUCAACAUUUAGACUAUUAAAUAUGUCAGAAAGCCAUUUGUCACUGCUAGAUUAUCAUAAAAGAUGCCAAAUAACUUGGGAUAUAUUUUUACAUUUUAUUAAAAUGGUCGAUAAAAACACCUACAGAAAGGAGUACAAUGUUAUUUUAAUUAACAUAGCUGCUUUGGCAAGUAAAUUAAACAACACUGCCAAAAUCACAAUUUCAAUGAAAGUUCUAGAAAUUGUUUGCUACAAUAUUACUCACCAAUUUAACAGAUUCUUUUUAAUGCUCAUUUGUUUUCUCAAUAUGAUUCAAGCAUCUAUGGACCUGCUCGCUCUUGGGAAGAGAAGCUGUAUUUUUUCUUUGUUUUCCUAGCCCUGGUUUUUGAAUAAAAUAAAAGCUAAUCAAGAAGGUCUCAAUAAAAAUUAAGAUGCAAAUAGCAAUAAUAGUAAUUUACAGAUAAAAGAGGAAUUGCUAAUUGGAUUAACAAUAUCAGCAAUUCAUGCAAGAGUCUACUUGCAAGACUCUCCAAAUUAUAGAUUUUUAGAUAAAAUAAUGCUUGAAGUUAUUGAUGUUAGCUAUAGAAUAAUUGAUUGGAAAUAUGUUAGCAAACAAUCGACAAGCGAUAUUUAUAAUAAAACAAUUUUUUUUGCAAUCGAUGUAUUUUUAAUUUUGCUUGAAGAAUGCAUUUCAUUUUUAGAUAGCAAAUAAAUAUCUACUCAUAUUGAGGAAUUAAUCAAGAGAGUUAAUCUUAAUGAAAUGAAUUUCUUGCCUAAAUUAAAAUGCUUGUUUCUUCUCUGCAAAAACCAAGACAAAGAAGCUUGCACUCUCGCGGCAUCUAAAAUAGAUACAAGUUUAGUCUUAAAUGACUUUAGAUAAUUUUUAAUAUAAAAAAAUGUUCCUUCAUUUUUCUAUGAAAAGUAUUUUGACAAUGCUAUGAACUUGUCUGAAAUUAAUAAAUAUCUUAGUCACUUGGAAUACAUAUUUACAUGUCUAUAUUACUUUGCUACUUAGCAAUAAAAUGGUAAAAAUUCUGCUAAUAUUACUGGUUCACCUGAAAUAAAGGGAUUAAUACUAAAUUUAUUAGAAGAUUUUAGGAACCAUCUUAAUGAACUAUCUAAACAAAAAGGAUCUUAUUAGUAGCUUAUAGCUGCUAUAUGUUAAUUUUCAGAAUCGCUUUAAGCAAAAAUUUUAGAUGAUGAUCAAAGAAACCCUCAAGAGAGCUUCACAAUUUCUAAAGAAUUCUUGGAAAAUAUUGAUCUUGAGCCAAUUAAAAAGACAAAAUUGUCAUAAGAUCCUCGAGAUCUUCUUUAUCUGGCUUUUAAUUCCUUUAACUAAUAAAUAUGUAAAAAUAGAAGCAUGUUCAUAUCAGAUUCUGUAGAAUCAGAAAAUCCAAUGAAAACUAUUUCUUCUAUUUUUCUUAAAAUUCAGACAGAGCAUCAAAUGAAUGCCCAUUAUAAGAUGAAUAAUUCUCCAAAGUUGAUUUCAGGUUUGGCUGAUUGUGUUCAAAUAUACGCAUCUCACUCCACAUUUGUAUAUAAAUCUCUUCUCUCAAUUAAUCUUAAAGUCUUUAACUAAACUUAAUUCAAAAUAGAUUAAAUUAAAAUCAGAGUACUUCAUUCAAACGGUGUUGCAAUCUUUCCUUAAGAAUCAAAUCCAAAGCAGCAUAUCUUAGAGGAGUUGAAUCCCUUAAAUGUAAGAAAUAUAAGCUUUAGCUUGAAUGUAAACACUGUUGAAUCUUAAUUUAUCUCAUUCGAAGUAUUUGUUGGUGAAGUUAGGUUAAAGACUUUGCCUUACAAAGUUAAUAUGAGCAACUUUAUCAUACCUAAUUACAUAAAUGUCAUUAGCAAGCAUAUUUUUCACAAUGUUUGGAGUGAUUUAGGAAACAUUUACUAAAUUUAAGGCGCUCUCAACAUCUCUUUCAAAGAACUAUGGCCAAUUAUAGUAAAGAGUAAAUUUUCCUGUGUUAUAUUAGAAGGAAUGGCCUUCAAAGGGGCAUCUAAGUACGUUAACAGCCAGACAAAUAGAUUAUCAUCAUCACCUUAUUUUAGCAAUUAUAAAAAUAAAGAUGAAGAAGAUUCAGUAGAUGAAGAUUCUUAAAGGUUUUUAACAGUUGGAAUGCUUGGUUUAACUUGGGAUGGUGUCUCGAUUGCUAUUUGUGUUUCAGGUAUUAAGAACUAAAACCAUCAAAGCAGUCAGUUUAAUUCUAUGGAAAAUAAUAUUAAAUCAGAUAUUCUUAUAGAGUUUAGAGCUUCCAAGAACUGUAUUAUAGACAUCAUAAAAUAUGAUAUUACUGAAAUAAUUUAAGAAAUAUUUUAAAAUCAUAUAUAGAUUUCAGAAUAUUGA